AUGACGUUUGCUGAAAUUGUUCUUAUUUUCACCGUUCUGGUGACCUGUGGCACUUCUGACCAGAUUUCUUUUGAAAUUGAUAUAAACUGUCAUCUUGAGAAAACAUUUUGUUUUGCUGGCGCAAUUUUACUUGAGGAAGAGCUAAAGGCUGAUGAGGAACUACAAAAAAUCCCUUUCAGUUGCACCUUAAGAACCAUUACCUUAUCUUCUCGCAUUGAAUGCGACCAAUCACUCCAGAAUAGCGAUGUCAUAUCAUUAGUUUCAGUGCACAACUGUACAUCCAACGGACAAAUUUUGAGGGUAUACAAAAACCUUCGUUCGACAACCAAAUCUCAUCUCAAUUUGUUGAAUAACGGGAAAAAAGUGUAUGAAUCCAAGAACUCUUCCGAAGGCACCUUCGAUGACCUCGUUUUUGAAUGA